UUCGCCUCCUCUUCAACUAGCGCUUUGCGGCCGGUGGUCCUCCCCUCGAUCCAGUUCCUCACCACACCAAGAGCGCAACCCACCGUGUCUCCCCUUCCUCUAAUCUUCCAAUUCCAACCAUCCCUUCUCUCCCCUCCUCAGCUCCGAACGCCAGGCAUGGACAACCAGCAGCUCUUUGGUUCCUCCUACGUGGACACGUCUUUCUUCGCGGCCAAUGGUACGUACGACGCCGCCCUUCAACUAGCGCUUUGCGGCCGGUGGUCCUCCCCUCGAUCCAGUUCCUCACCACACCAAGAGCGCAACCCACCGUGUCUCCCCUUCCUCUAAUCUUCCAAUUCCAACCAUCCCUUCUCUCCCCUCCUCAGCUCCGAACGCCAGGCAUGGACAACCAGCAGCUCUUUGGUUCCUCCUACGUGGACACGUCUUUCUUCGCGGCCAAUGGCACGGCGCAGCGGGAGAGUCAGCCGAAGGCUCGGCGCAGGCGGCGGAGGGCCGCGAGAUGCGGCGGAGGGGAUGGUAACGGCGGGGAGAUGGACGAAGGAGGGGACCCCAAGAAGCGGCGGCUCACCGAUGAGCAGGCGGAGAUGCUGGAGCUGAGCUUCCGGGAGGAGCGCAAGCUGGAGACUGGCCGGAAGGUGUAUCUGGCCGCCGAGCUCGGGCUCGACCCCAAGCAGGUCGCCGUGUGGUUCCAGAACCGCCGGGCGCGCCACAAGAGCAAGACGCUCGAGCAGGAGUUCGCCAGGCUCAAGCACGCCCACGACGCAGACAUCCUCCACAAAUGCCACCUCGAGAACGAGGUAAGCUUGCUCGCACACACACACACGGGCGUACAUAUCAAUUCCUCUUCGUUCUUGCACAAGCUGACUGACACCCAGCUGCUGAGGCUGAAGGAGAAGCUGAGAGCGACUGAGGAGGAGGUGCAGCGCCUCAGGUCGGCAGCUGGGUGCCACGGGGCAUCCGCCGAUGGCGGAGACUCAGCUGGCGCCGUUAGCGUGUGCGGCGGGAGCCCGGGCUCGUUCUUCUCGACGGGAACCUGCCAGCAGCAUCCGGGUUUCAGCGGGGCAGACGUGCUGAGGCCGGACGAUGACCUGAUGAUGUGCGUCCCCGAGUGGUUUUUCGCAUGAAUUACCUAGAGUUUAUGGUGGCUACGCCGAUAGCAGCGUGUUCGAGUGUUUUUUAUCAUGAAAUAAAAUCUCCCACAAAAUAGGCGCUAUAACUGCUCGGAAGCCUCGCCGCUAUGCUAUGGCUGCAUGCCGCCGCCAAAUCCUCCACAAAUCCCUUCAAAGGCCUGCUAUGCGGUCGCUAUAGCUGCUGGAAAAGGCCGCCGCUAAAUCGUUUCUCCCACGAUUUUAAUCUUUGGUUUUUAGCCUGUAUAUAUGGGGUGAUUUGAAAUUGACACGAGCUGGACAUCAACUACAUGCUGAUCGAUUACUGUUCUAGUUAGCCAUAGUUUUAAUUAAUAAGUUGGGGACGAUCUCUAUGCGUGCGUGUUGUUUAAUUAUGUAUCGAGAGUGUUGAUUAAUGGCAAAAGCUUGCAAGCUAGCAAGUGUAGUACUGGUCACUCUCUUGAAGAUCAGAGAUGAUGUGUGUUAUCAUUUGAUAUAUAUUUUACUUAAGCCGUAAAUUGUCUUCUUAGUGAAGCACUGUGUAUGUACAAGUUGGUAAUCAUCUUUGCAAAUGAAGGUCUAAAUAUUGAUGAUGAUGUUGGUGGUGACUGGUUAGUACGAUAUACAAUUUCAAUCUGUCCAGUAAUAACAUAUUAAAAUUAUGAUUAUCCGUUGGUUUUGGUAAAAAUGAAUGUAAAAUCAAAAGGAUGACAUUUUUCACGGCCAAUGAUGAUUAUAUGCUCUAAUAUACAAAGUUUUGUAUGUUAAUUAGCCCUUGUGUUCUAAUAUAACUUUGUAAAACAUGAAAUUUAUUUAUAUCAGUUCAUUUCCCCAUACUACUGGCUACAUGGUGCUUUCGCUCCUAUGUACGUACUUAUAUACUGCUCCAACUCUUUGGUACAGUUAAGUGCGAGACUGCAGAGCGUACAUGGAUUAACUUCAACAAAUUCAAGUGUAACUAAGAACUGGUCGCAAAAUAUAUGAAACUCAGAUUGUUAUGACUUUAACCCUAGCUAGACCGAGAAUAUUAGACAACAGCUGUCAUAAAAUACUCUUCUAACCCAAGACCGAAUGAGUAAUUAAGUUGCAUUUUGCUGAAUUUGAAAAGUUUGUGCAUCAAAUUUUAGUAAUAACUGAUGCGAUCUAAUUUCGAUAUUAAUUUCAGAGAGUUUAUGGUGAUGUGAAGCUUGAGAUGGGGAGGGGAUUUGUGGCAAUGCAGGGACGGGGGCACGCAGAUUGUGGGCCGCCGAUCUACGCCAAGAUUGGGAAAUCUGUUUGUGUAUAUAGCGUUUUUGUCUAGUAUAUAAGAUUUGAUAUAUGUGUGUAAUGCCAUUGUAUAUCGAAGCCGUAUACCUGUCCUUGUGGGGUUGUGUAACUGUUCGUGUGGGGUAGUCUAAUAUACAAUAAGUGAAUCUAACAUAGACAAAUAACAGCGAAAGCA